AUAAAUUACAAAUCACUCUUUUUUGUUUUUAUAUAGCAUUUUUCAUACUGUCCCAACUUUUUCGGAAUUGGGGUUGUAGUUUUAAGUUUUAAACGUUUAGUUAUCUUACAUAGACCUUAAUUUGAAAACCUAAUGUCUGUUCUGGUCCACUCAUAAUUUAAAAUUGUACAUGAAAUGCAUUCAUUUGGGCAGCAUGUUAAGAUGAACUGCGGGUGGAAAUUUACAGGGUAACAAAGUGCUUUUAUUGUGUGGAAUUUACAAUAGGUGAGAUAUAAAUAUCAGUUUUCAAAUGUACUGUACACUAACACUCAGGUGAGCAAAUCUAUAAAUACUGUACUGUAUUUAGAUAUUAUAUGGAGCCCCUUAGAGGACAUGGUGGGAAUUGUUUUUCUGAAAUAGUUUUGCAUUAAAUUAACCAUGGCUUUACUACUAGAAAACUAAAACUAUGGUAAUAAAAAUCAUAAUUUUGUUGUUAAAUUCCAUAGUUUAUCUAUGGUUGUAAAACCAUGGUUUUACUAUAGUAAUUAUCAUGACAGUUCCAUGAUAACUGACCUUUUUUUUUUUUUUUUUUUGUAGAAACCAUGGUUUUACUAUAGUAAUAUUGUAGACUGCAGUAACUAUAGUUUUUGGCUUAAAUGUUGUAGUAACCAUGACUGUAGCAGGCUUACCAUGUUUUUUUUUUUUGGGCAGAACCAUGGUUUUUAUAUAGUGUACUGUAUACAUAUAGUAACCUUUACUCUAGAUUAACUAUAGUUAAACUAUGGUAUUUGUAGUAAAAUCAUAAUAACCACAAAAUGUAGAUUUUUAUUACCAUUGUUUUCAUUUUCCAGUAUUAUUACUAUGGUUUUAUUACAAAUAUCAUGGUUAAAAUAUAGUAAUUGUAGUAAAACCAUGGUAAUGUAUUGCGACGGAAUGCAAAACUUAUUGCAAGGGAACACAAAACUAUUUCAGAAAAAUAAAUUAGCGCCCUGUCCUCUAAGGUGCUCCUUAGAAAUUAAUUAUCGAAUUAUCAUUUUAAUAUAUAAUUUCCAUUUUAAUUAUAAAAUGUAGUAAGGAGAUUGACUUUUCAUCAGCUGUUCACUCUUGGCCUGGUCUAAGAGGGGGCUAGGUGGGGCAUUUCCCCCCUAGAUUUUUGCUUGUGCACCCCCGAAACAUCUGAUGCUCCCCUGGACCCCCCUUCCCCAAUUGUCACAUCCUACCGCCCCUGCGUUCAAGAAAAGAGAAGGAAAUUCUAUCUGAUUUUCUCUCACUGCUUCUUAGCUUUUGUGCAAAAGGCAUGGAAAACUCAUGAUGUAGCAGUUGCUCACAUGGGUUAUUAUUUCAUAAGUCUGAUUAUUAAUAAUUGAGUAAACAACUAAUGUUAGAUUUAAAGCUGUCUAUACUUUGACCUCAUGGUAUUAUCUAAGGAACUUGUUAUAAUAUCAGUCUGAAAGCAAUAUCAGUUCUCAUGCAGCUACCCAUGUUGGACGCAUAGAAACAAAGACUAAUUCAGGAGUUAAAAAAGAUCAUGUUUCUCAAACCGUUUCAGAAAGCCAAAGUCAAAAUAUCAUUAAAAUAAAUUCUUAAUUAACUGCCAUUUUGUCCCAGUAGUUGCAUUUGAAGGACUGUUGUACAACAUUGGCAUUAGGUAUACAGUAUUGUGCAACAGUUGCAUGGGAGGUUUUCCACCUUUUUCUUUCUGCAUUUGUCAUUUUAUUCAGUACUGUGGCUUUAGUGAGUGGAAAGUGUAAUUGCAAACGACUAUAAUGCAGAUUAGUGAGAUUAACAGCAUGCUUUGACCCACAGACAGGUUCAGCACUGUUAGUAGUAAAGCCUGUCUGGUUAUCACGUGGGGUGUCAAGCCCCUCUGCGCAGUCCAUAGUUGGCGAUAUAUUUUAAUUUGGGAAAUGCGAAUCAAUAAUGUGCAAAGGUGCAAGUAACAAGAAAGUGUUUAGAUUGUACUCAAUCUGGUCGUUUGUGUCCACUGGGUGAAAGGUGACCCCCGAUUUACGUCGAGGGGGGCGUGGCGUGACUUCACGGCGGAAUUUGAUUGGCGUUCCAGCGUGCGCACUGGACGUCUGAAUUUACUGUACGAUCCAUACUUAACCAGAACUCGAGAGACAUUGCACCCAUCUCGGCUUUAGGUUAAACCUGACGCCGGUUGUAAGUAAACAUACGGAGCUUAAAUCCAGCAUAUGCUUAGGGCGGGAGAGCGACUAAACGUCAGAUUUGCACUCGGGAUCGACGCCGAGGCAGACCGAUUAUUUCCACGGUGGCUGCGUCAAGAGAGCUCCGUCUUGAAGGGUUAUCGCGUGACGUUUUGUGGCGUGCAUAUAACCGUGACAGAUCCGUAGAGCUCGCGUGGAUCAAUCGUGCCGCAGGGGUUCACCAGAAACCGUCUCUCACAUGAUGUACACAAUAACCAGAGGUCCCAGCAAACUUGUUACACAACGGAGGACAGGCCCCACGCAACAGAUUGAGAGUAAAACGAACGAUUUGAAACAGAAGCAAAGCCACUGGCUCGCAUCGGAUUCCCCUGCACCUAAGAUUGUGUUUCACCGGCUAAACGGAAAGCGGUACCACAGAUCCACCUCUCCCAAAGCUGACAGCACGACCGAAGGUUUCACCUCGGCACACGAGGAGAAUGUUCGAUUUGUUUACGAGGCCUGGCAGGAGGUGGAACAGAAGCUCGGAGAGGGAUCCCCGCUGGGAAACGGGAAAGGACCAGUGCAGUAUGCGGAGAGAAGUCCUAAUCCCAGCAUGAAGAAUUUUGUGCCAAUUGACCUUGAGGAGUGGUGGGCCCAGCGAUUCCUGGCCAAUAUUGCCAACCUGUCAUGAUGGUUGCAUGAUGGGGCAUGAGGAGAUGUGGCAGAAUGGUCCAGGCUGAGGGUGCCGGGCAAGUGCAGUCUGACUCCGAUGAGCUCAGGUGUUAUUGGGAGAGUUUUAGGAGCCAUACUCUAGUUGCACUAUGUUUUCUGCCCCUCCUUUGGAACUCUGUCUGCCCAGCUGGACCGUGACUCUCUCACUCUCUCAUGCACACGGAAGAUGAUCAAAGAUUUUUCUUCUGCUUUUCUGCCUUCAUUAGAGCCUCUAUGCUGUGCGCUGAGAUGUCUGUUUUUCUUGGCAGAUCUUUGCAUAAAAAGUGGUUAUAAAACAAAAACAAAAAAAUCCAGUAAAUUUUUUCAAGACGUC